UGCAAAUGAUAGCAUAUAAAACCAAAAACAAGGGUUCACUUUCUCAAAGUUCUAUCUCAUAAAAAGUUGUGCAUUUGGUCACAGAUAUCAUCCAUGGAGAAAAGGGUUCACAUAGCAGUAGUUCCUGGUCCUGGCUUCAGCCACUUGGUCCCAAUUCUUCAAUUCUCAAAGAGGCUUCUUCAGCUUCAUCCAAACUUUCAUGUCACAUGUCUAAUUCCCUCACUUGGGUCUCCCUCAACUGCAUCAAAAUCCAUUCUUGAAGCUCUCCCACCAAACAUCGAAUCCAUUUUUCUUGAACCAGUGAAACCAGAAGAUCUACCCCAAAGGGUUGCCAUAGAAACUCAAAUUCAGUUCACAGUGACUCUCUCACUUCCUUCCAUACACCAGGCCUUGAAGAACAUAACCUCAAACACCCCCUUUGUGGCCUUGGUGGCUGAUUCUUUUGCCUUUGAAGCAUUAGAUUUUGCUGAGGAGUUCAACUUGUUGUCCUAUAUCUACUUCCCUUCAGCUGCAACAACACUGUCUUGGUACUUGUAUGCGCUGAAAUUGGACAAGGAAACUUCUUGUGAGUACAGAGAUUUGCCUGAGCCUGUGAAGAUACCAGGGUGCGUACCAAUUCAUGGCAGGGAUCUGAAUAACCAAGCUCAAGACAGAUCAAGUCAGGUUUACAAACUCUUCCUUCAGCGCGCUCAGCGGUUCUGUUCUGUUGAUGGGAUUUUCAUCAAUACCUUCUUUGAAAUGGAAACAGGUCCUAUGAGAGCAUUGAAAGAGGAGGGAAGAGGGUACCCUCAGGUGUUUUCUGUUGGACCAAUUGUUCAAACUGGUGAUGAUGCAAAAGGGUUGGAGUGUCUGACAUGGUUGGACAAACAGGAAGAUGGUUCGGUUUUGUAUGUUUCUUUUGGGAGUGGUGGAACACUCACACAAGAACAAGUGAAUGAGCUGGCUUAUGGGUUGGAAUUGAGUGAUCACAAGUUCUUGUGGGUUGUGAGAGAACCGAGUAGUUUAGCCUUUGAUGCAUAUCUUAGAGCACAGAAAAGUGUUGAUCCUUUGCAUUUUUUGCCAGAAGGGUUUUUGGAGAGAACAAAAGAGAAGGGUAUGGUUAUUCCUUCAUGGGCACCCCAGGUUGAAGUCCUUGCUCACAGUUCAGUUGGAGGGUUUUUGACUCACUGUGGUUGGAAUUCAAUCCUUGAGAGUGUGGUGCAUGGUGUGCCACUCAUAACAUGGCCACUGUUUGCUGAGCAGAGGAUGAAUGCAGUUGUGCUGAGUGAGGGUUUGAAGGUUGGAGUGAGGCCAAGAGUGAGUGAAAAUGGGUUGGUGGAAAGGGUGGAAAUUGUGAAGGUGAUAAAGUGUUUGAUGGAAGAAGAAGAAGGAAGAGAAAUGAGGAAGAGAAUGAAGGAGUUGAAAGAAGAUGCUGCUAAUGCUAUCAAAGAAGAUGGAUCUUCUACCAAAACCCUUUCUGAGUUGGUACUAAAAUGGGAAAGUUUGGUUUAGGAAAAUAAGCUUUGGAUCUUUGCUUUUUGUUUUUCCUGAUUCUGCUUUCUAAUAAGUGCUAAUCAUUCUGUGCUAUGACAGCAAUGGAUAUUACAUUGAAAAUUCUGAUGUUGAAUGAGAUCAUCUUCAUGGUUAUUUGCACUAAUAAUCUGCUAUAAUUGUAGCAUGCUCCUGUGGAGUUUUAUUAUACUGUUGAUUUGAGUUCAUCUUGUCUUCAAUAUAUGAACAUCUAACUGGAUUUGGUUA